ACAGCCUAGGACUGGAGGCUACAGUCCAUCCCAGGACCAUGGCAACUCUGGCAUCAUGUGUGGUCUUUCAGCAGCCUCAGACCUCAUCUCUUGCAGCCAUUAACUCCAACCAGUGGAGCACAGGCAUCUGCGGCUGUUUCGAUGACUGCAACGUCUGCUGCUUUGCAGCAUGGUGUUUCCCUGUGUUUGCCUGCUGCACAGCGUCUGACUUUGGAGAGUGCUGCUGUCUGCCCAUAAUGGACAUUCCCUGCAUGACUGCCCAGUGUUUAGGAGCGUGUUACACUCCUCCAAUUUCUAUUGCUUUAAGGGCCUCUGUGCGCAAUCGAUAUGGCAUACAGGGCGACAUGGCCUCUGACUGUCUCUAUGCUACUUUCUGCAAUGUUUGCUCCUGGUGCCAGAUUGCCCGGGAGAUAAAGAGGCGCCGUACAACUUUCACUUUAGUCAACACCCAGCCAACGGUUAUUGCUCCUCCACCUAUGAUGGUGGCACCCCAGGCAGCUGUUAUGGCCUCCCGGUCUACCAUGGUCUCCCAAACUGCUGCAACCACAUGGAUGGGCUGA